AUGGGAAUUUGUAAAUCAAAAACAAAAAACGAAAUGGAUGCUCAAUUGUAAGGUUCCUUUGCACAAGUCAUCAAUAAAGGACCUGAAAAGAACGAUAUUGAGGCUUUGAUCAGAGAAAAAACACAAUCUCAAGAUUUGUACAAUCCAUACAGAAAUCCAAUUCUUAAUAGACGUCUCAGAUAGUCCCCAGCCUGA